UCAUGGGCAGCCAGAGCUCCAAGGCUCCCCGGGGCGACGUGACCGCCGAGGAGGCAGCAGGCACUUCCCCCGCGAAGGCCAACGGACAGGAGAAUGGCCACGUGAAAAGUAAUGGAGACUUAUCCCCCAAGGGUGAAGGGGAAUCGCCCCCCGUGAACGGAACAGAUGAGGCAGCCGGGGCCACAGGCGAUGCCAUCGAGCCAGCACCCCCUAGCCAGGGUUCUGAGGCCAAGGGGGAGGCCGCCCCCAAGGAGACCCCCAAGAAGAAGAAGAAAUUCUCUUUCAAGAAGCCUUUCAAAUUGAGCGGCCUGUCCUUCAAGAGAAAUCGGAAGGAGGGUGGGGGUGAUUCUUCUGCCUCCUCACCCACAGAGGAAGAGCAGGAGCAGGGGGAGAUUGGUGCCUGCAGUGAAGAGGGCACUGCCCAGGAAGGGAAGGCUGUUGCCACCCCUGAGAGCCAGGAGCCCCAGGCCAAGGGGGCAGAGGCUAGUGCUGCCUCCAAGGGAGGAGACACAGAAGAAGAGGCAGGGCCCCAGGCUGCAGAGCUGUCCACUCCCUCGGGGCUGGAGAGUGGCCCUACACCGGCCAGCGCUGAGCAGAAUGAGUAGCUGGGUGGGGGCAGGUGGGUGAUCUCUAAGCUGCAAAAACUGUGCUGUCCUUGUGAGGUCACUGCCUGGACCUGGUGCCCUGGCUGCCUUCCUGUGCCCAGAAAGGAAGGGGCUAUUGCCCCCUCCCAGCCACGUCCCCUCUCCUCCUUUCCCUCCUGUGGAUUCUCCCAUCAGCCAUCUGGUCGUCCUCUUAAGGCCAGUUGAAGAUGGUCCCUUACAGCUUCCCAAGUUAGGUUAGUGAUGUGAAAUGCUCCUGUCCCUGGCCCUCCCUCCCUGGCCCCACCCCUGCAGAAGGCAAUUGUUGGUUUUCUUCCCCAAUUCUUUUCCAAGUAGGUUUUGUUUACCCUACUCCCUAAAUCCCUGAGCCAGAAGUGGGGUGCUUAUACUCCCAAACCUUGAGUGUCCAGCCUUUCCCCCUGUUGAGUUUUUAGUCUCUUGUGCUGUGCCUAGUGGCCCCUGGGCUGGGGAGGACACUGCCCCUGUCUAGGUUUUUAUAAAUGUCUUACUCAAGUUCAAACCUCCGGCUUGUGAAUCAACUGUGUCUCUUUUUUGACUUGGUAAGCAAGUGUUAGGCUUUCGGGUGGGGGGGAGGUCUGUAAUGUGAAACAACUUCUUGUUGUCUUUUUUUCUCCCUUUGUUGUAAAUAACUUUUAAUGGCCAAACCCCAGAUUUGUACUUUUUUUCCUAACUGCUAAAACCAUUCUCUUCCACCUGGUUUUACUGUAACAUUUGGAAAAGGAAUAAAUGUUGUCCCUUUA